AUGGCCAAGCACGACGAAAUCAAUGCUAGCAGCAUCGAGAACCAAGAGGAGGCAUGGGUUAUCGACUUGAUAGAAAAAGCCAUGCCACCACCUUCGUCAUCCACACGAAUCCACAGAGUCCCGGAGAGUGUGUUGAGAGAGAUGGGCGAUUACGAGAAAUACUAUGUUCCAAAGGUUGUUUCCAUCGGUCCAUACCAUUAUGGCAACCCGAAGCUCCAGUCUAUCGAGAAACUCAAGCCUGUUUUCACCAAGGAGCUCCUCUCACGUUCUGAGCAUAACGAGCGCCUUAGCAGCUUGUACAAAUAUCUUGGGGCAGCGAAUAUGGUGAAAGAGUUAAGAGGUUUCUAUGAAGAGAAGUCAACAGACCAUCUCUCCGAUAAGGAAUUCACUACGAUGAUGUUGAUGGACGGAUGUUUUAUUUUGUAUUAUAUUCUAUUUAUCUACGGAGAGAAACCUGGAAGUUGUCGAGAGCUGAGAAGCCAUCAGAUCGUGUUAAUCAACCGAGACUUGUUCUUGCUGGAAAACCAAAUUCCGUUCAAAGUUCUAAACAAUGUGAUGGAUUUGAUGAAACUUGAUAGGCGUGACAAGUUUCUAUUGUUCUUCGCUGACAACAUUUUGUCACGGAGGCAGAUAAGAGGGUGGUUCCUUUUCGGAAGCAGUUCAACCCAAACUUAUCAAAAUUCUGGAAGAGAAUCACAUGGAAGCUACGAAUUCGUAGGUGAUCAUCUACUCCAUCGUCUGCAUACUGGGCUUACAGAACCAAGUCCCAUGAAUGAAUCCCACAGGAAUUCCUACGGUCAUAAAAAUACUUUUCAUAACGUUAGAGAACUUGAAUAUGUCGGGAUCCAUUUCAGGCCGAGUAGCGUUAUGUCUUUGGCUCAUGUGGAGUUUGCUAGACGGUGGUGGAGGUUGUCAGCAUAUGUAAAACUACCUCCGAUAACCGUGGACGAUUCCACCAAGCCCAUGUUAUUAAACUUAAUAGCUUAUGAAAUGUGCGCAGAAGACGCACAUGAUGCAUGGGUUACCUCCUACAUAUGUCUCCUGAAUUCUCUCAUCGAUCACCCUGAGGACGUGAAGGCUCUUCGUAAAGCUGGGGUCCUUGAUAACUCCCUAGGGAAUGAUCAAGAAGUUGCCACACUCUUCAAAGAAAUAUGCACCGGUUUGGUGCCAAACAAUGCAACAUAUUCGAAAGCCAAAGACCUAAUCCGAAGGCAUUAUGAAAGCUUGGGGAACACAAGUCUUUGUGAACUCAGGCACGAGUACAUCACUAACCCAAUGGCAUUCAUAACUGUGUUAGCUCUUUUUCUUACUGUUGUUCAAACUUUCUUCGCUAUCUGGAGUAUCAAAGGAAAGUGA